CAGCAACAGGAGCCGCAGCAGGUGCAGCACCACUACGGCUACCGGAUUUCGUUUCUCUCUUCAGAGCAGCACGACUUUCUCCUCAUGCAGUUGCGGCCGGUGCUGCUGUUCCAAGAGUAGGAGGAGAGAACACGCUGAUCCCCGACCAUUCGUCUACCUCUACCUUUUCUGCUUCUCUGACUCCUCACAAGGCUGCUGCUGCUGCUGCUCCAGGUGCUGCUGCUGCUCCAGGUGCUGCUGCUGCUGCUGCUGUUGCUGGUGACAGUUCUGCAGGGGUAAGGACUGCUAGUAGCCUUCUUCAGGGAAGACCGGCUGCUGCGACUGCUGCUGCGGGCGAACUGAUUAUGAAGCAUCUAGUUGGAUAUGCUGCUGAGAAGCAGCAGCCGGUGCAGAAGCAGCAGCAGGAGCAGGAGCAGCAGCAGCAGCUGCAGCACCUGCAGCAACAAAUGUGGCGUACGAUACAGCAGCAGCAGCAGGAAUUAGGGGGAAGCCAAUCCCACAGUCCACUGCAGAACGUAUCAAGACCGAGGGGAAGCCGCAGAGAUGAGGAGCAGCAGCAGCAGCAGCAUAGAGAAGAAGGAGGAGACGUAGAGGCGUUGCAGCGGUACCAGCAGCAGCAGCAGCUUCAGCUGCGGCUGCAGCAGCAGCGGCAGGUGAAGAAAAAGAAGAAGAAGGAGGAGGAGGAUGACGAAGUCGAGAUAGAGGGGGAGCAGCACAAACGGCAGCAGCAGCAGCAGCGGCACGAUAACGGAGGGGUAAUGCGGGAGAUAAUGCAGCAGCACGAACAACAGCAGAUAUUACAGAGGGAG